UACGGUCACUCCUCCGGGAGGUUCUGUACGUGGCAGCGACUGAACCCCCUCUUGUCCGGCUCACAACCCCAAAGGUGCCAAGACAAAUAGCGUGCUCAUACUGACGUGUGACGUGACUUAUUGAAACACAAGAGGAUAAAGAACUGGACUUCCAUGACAGCAUGCCUCCCAACAGGAAUCAGUGACUCAUCUUUUAUAGGAAACGUACUGGAAACUUUGAAUAUUGUUGGACCCACAUGUAACUCUGUUCAGAAACGCACUGGAGUCAGGGUGACUGCACGACUCAGGAUGAAGACCUUUCUGUCUUUUAAAUUCUGGACUCUCCUCGUCUGCUGCUGCUGGACAACGCAGGCGGAGAUCUUCACUUCAAUAAGUCAGAUGACAGACCUGAUCUACACUGAAAAGGAGUUGGUCCAGUCUCUGAGGGAAUAUAUAGAAGCAGAGGAGACGAAGCUUGCCACUGUCAAAAGCUGGGCCAGCAAACUUGAUGCUCUGACCAGGGUGUCCACCUCUGACCCAGAGGGUUACCUGGCCCACCCGGUGAACGCCUACAAACUGAUGAAGAGACUCAACACAGAGUGGUCUGAGCUAGAGACCCUGGUGCUUCAGACCCCGUCUGAUGGCUUCAUUUCCAACAUGUCCACACACAGACAGUACUUCCCAGAUGAAGAGGAUGAGACGGGUGCAGCUAAGGCAUUGAUGCGUCUACAGGACACGUACCAACUGGAUUCUGAGGCUUUCUCCAGAGGAAAACUACCAGGUAUGCACUCCAACGCCUUGCUGACGGUGGAUGACUGCUUCGACAUGGGAAAGACUGCGUACAACGAAGCAGACUAUUACCACGCAGUGCUGUGGUUGCAGCAGGCCUUGAAGCAGCUGGACACUGGGGAGGAAGCUGUGGUUUCCAAGGCAGACAUUCUGGAUUACCUCAGCUACUCAGUUUACCAAAUGGGAGACCUACCUCGGGCCAUUGAGCUGACACGGCGGCUCGUGGCUAUUGACUCCAGCCACCAGAGGGCAGGAGGGAACCUCCGUUAUUUUGAGCGGCUACUCUCCAAGCAGCUCAGCGAGAUGAACCAGGAAUACCAGCCGGCCUCUGAGGAGCCCAUCCAGCUGGGAACAUAUAGCCGACCUAAAGACCACCUCCCAGAGAGAGAGGCCUAUGAGGCUCUCUGCAGAGGAGAGGGGCUCCAGAUGAAUGAAGCGAGGCGCAGCCGUUUGUUCUGUCGCUACCAGGAUGGUUACAGGAACCCUCAUCUCCUACUGAAGCCAAUGAAAGAGGAAGAUGAGUGGGACAGCCCUCACAUCGUACGCUACCUGGACUUCCUAUCACACGAAGAGAUUGAGAAGAUUAAAGCGCUGGCUAAACCCAGGCUUGCCAGAGCGACUGUUCGUGACCCAAAAACAGGAGUCCUGACCACAGCCAACUACAGAGUAUCAAAAAGUGCAUGGUUGGAAGCUGAGGAUGACCCGGUCAUUGACAGAGUCAACCAGAGAAUACAAGACCUCACAGGCCUGACAGUAGACACUGCCGAGUUAUUACAGGUAGCUAAUUAUGGAGUUGGAGGACAGUACGAGCCACAUUAUGACUUUUCAAGGCGCCCUUUUGACAGCAGCCUCAAGGUCGAUGGAAAUAGACUUGCUACCUUCCUAAACUACAAAGAUGAGCCUGAUGCUUUCAAAAGAUUAGGCACUGGAAAUCGUGUGGCAACUUUUUUGAACUACAUGAGUGAUGUGGAGGCAGGCGGGGCCACGGUCUUCCCUGACUUUGGGGCAGCAAUCAGGCCUAGAAAGGGGACAGCAGUGUUCUGGUAUAAUCUCUUCAAAAGUGGGGAGGGGGACUAUCGGACCAGGCAUGCGGCCUGUCCUGUCUUAGUGGGAAGUAAAUGGGUCUCGAACAAGUGGAUUCAUGAGCGAGGGCAGGAGUUCAGGAGACCCUGUGGCCUGACAGAAGUGGAUUGAAGUUUGAACAAACCCUACAGAACAAGCGUUAACACACAUACAUAUACACACAAACAACUCCUCAGCAGUGCCUUAAUUCUGGUAGUUAUACAUAAAUCUGUUGAAAUCUACGACACAAACACAUCUGUUCUCCCCCUAAAAGUGUCUACAUUGGCAUGUGCAGGUUGGUGUGUGGGAUCUGGCUUUGUUAAGUUUCACCAGAAGGUGCAGAACAUGCUGUACUAUGUUUCCGCACAGCAGCAACAUUUAAUUGAAAAAAGGGAACAAGAUUAAAGGGUCAAAAAAAACGUUCUCUAAAUGUAAUUGAAGAAGCAAAACACAAAGCUGUAUCAGCGUGGUCUGGAAAUGAUAUUGUUCACCAAUUGAACAACAAUUUAAAUCAGAUUUAAAAGGAAAUAACCUUGUGUAAUCGAAAAAGUGUAGGUCCUUUGCUGAUUCUGUUUUUACGUUGAUAAUGAGAUUUAACUCUCAAAUGUUUUCAUCUCUCUGGUGAACAUAUUGUUCUCCAAGCUGUUAGUUUUCUUCUUUACACUGUUAGCAGCUAUUUCAAACUUUUUGAUUUAAAAGCCUUGGUUGUCUCGCAGAGUUUUUGAAAUCCUGGGAAGGACGGGGGAAAAGGGAAAGAAAAAGUUUGAUUACAACAAGAUUGAAUGUUCUCUGGAAUUUUUUUUUUUUUUUUUUAACUUUAGUACAGAAGCAUUUUUAAGUAG